AUGGCUCCCAAGAGCCAGGCUGGAAGUGAGCUGUCCUUGCCUUCGGCGGAAGGGUCGGAGGAUUGGAAGUCGCCCUCAUUUCGAGGGUGCCGGUGGUGCCGGCGGUCGAGGAGCUUCCCUAACCCCUACCACAGUCUCUUUCCGGAUCGUCCUUUCCUCGCGUUCAAAAGCGAAAGACAUUGCGAGUGCAACACAUGCACCUGCAUCAAUCGCUCGAAUCGCCCGGACAUCAAGACAAAGGAGCAGAAGGACAAGCUUCAGAAGGAGAUGACAGAAGACGACACGAAGCACUCCGAGCACAUGCAGAUGGUGAACAACUACGAGGCCCAGCAUCUUGCGAACAUGACCAAGAAGAGGAAGCGUGGUAUUUACGUGAAUCCGGAGAUGGAUGAAACCCCCAAGCAGAUCAAACUUGGGAGUGAAAGCUCCUUGGAGUUUCGCCAGGUGCUGGGGGUGCUGUGGCCCAAGCAGCUUUUCGAGGAGGCAACUGGGACGAAAGUCAGGGAGAGCGACCUUACUGUCAUCGAGGAAGGCAGCAAGGUGCUCAGAGGCGUUCUUCGCCCCAGAUCCGAGGGCUGCCCCGAGGGCUGCACAGAGGUGACCAACAUCCAUCGCAGCUUCGCCGCCCAAGUGACGACAGCUGCGGACUCGGAGACCGCCAUCGGGAAGGACCAGCUCGAAAAGACUUGGGCGGAGGCGCGCAAUGCCCAGGAGUUAGCCACGAAGGAGACCGAAGUGGAUGGCCAGAAGCAUCUCCAGCUCACGGGUGGCCUCAAGCGUCCAGCCUCCCGUGACGAGUGGGAUGACAUGUUCGACUUUGGGCCGCAUGUUGUUGGAGGCCCUGCGCCUGAGGAGCCCAUCCCCCCAAGAAAGGGCAAGGGCAAGGGCAAGACCCGUGGCGGUGGAAAAGGCGGCAACAAGGGAAGAGGCAGAGGCGAGAGAGCGGACGGUGAAGUGCCGCCGCCUCCCGCCACCAACAAGGCGGACAUCAAACUCACCAAGGAGUUGCAGAUUUCCGAGAAGGUGAUGCUGGAUGCCCAGCAUCUUCUCCAGAACCUGUCGACUGGAGAGAAUUUGACAGGGGUGAAGACGAAGGCACUCACCAACAUUCAGAGCAAGAUCUCUGCGAGAUUGUCGGCUUCGUUGGUGGCGCUUUACACGCAAGGCUACGACCCCAGCCAGAACGCGGUUGAGACCCCGGGGAUGAAGACGCUUGAGAACCUUCGAGCGCUACAACGGCAGCUGCAGCAGGUCGAAGGUCUUGUGAAAGCAAUCAACGAUGACGAAGCUACGGGCGACAGCAUCUGGAAAGCAGGACAAGAUGCGAAGUCUGCUGACUUCGAGCCGUCGAAGCAACUUGGAGAGUUCGCUUUGCAGAGAGAAGUGGACCGGGCAGCGAAAAGCCAGAACUUCGAACGUCUUUUGGAGCUCCUGAAGUGUGAGCCCGCCGUGGCUGACGACCCCACCGCCUUCAACGCAAGCCUUUUGGCCGAAGACAAGCGAAGCACUUUUAUGAACCGCGAAGUCAUGAGGCUCUUGGCGGAGUUGCUUCGCCACGACAACAAAUGUGCAGAAGUUGCCAAGCUCGUGACCGUGGUUGUGGGCUCAAAGUUGCUGGAGCAGGACUCCCCCCUGCUGGCAGAGCUGAAGUUGCUGCAGACACUCUUGUCUGCGAGCGAUGCUUCGGUCCCAGCGGAUGAUAUCCAAACGGCUUUGGCCAGGCUGCAGGGUGAUAAGAGCUUGAAGCUUCACAAAGUAGUCAACAACUUUGCAACCGGACUGCAGACCAUCAGUGAUGCCGCGAAGGCCUUGAAAAGUCGGGCCUCUGAUGCAGCGCUGCAAGUCAGGCUAGGCAAGCUGGUGACGGAGGUUGAAAAGCCGGUCGACAACAUCACUGAGGUUGCCGCGAUCAACAACUUCCGGGAGCUCAUGUCAGAGAACAAGCAGAUCAAGUCCGCUGCAACUCAGGACUUCCUGAAGCAGAACGUCGAUAAGUUGCAGAAAAUCUCCGAGACUAUGAAGGCCUGGACAACGAAGAUCCGGGCCUCGAUGGAUGAUGCCACAAGUAAGCUUUUCAAGUCGUGCUUUGAGAAGAUGGUGGAGGCCGGCUCGGCCAGCCCAGAUGCAGAUGUUGCCGCCCAGACGAUCAAGGAGUUCAAGGACUUUGUGGACGCCGGCUGCCAGAACACUCUGGAGGACAGCUUCGUUGUCAUGGAUGGCCUCAUGGAGACCCAGGAGGACUACGAGAAGUACAAGUCCGUGCAGGAGUCCUUGCAGCAACAUCUUCAGGCGAUGAAAGCUACCGUCGAGACCAUGAUCCACGGUGAUGGAAGUUGGCUCUACCAAGACAGCCAGCCAAAUGGAAUGCUGCAAGUUCUUGCAUUGGUUUGCAAGCCCCAGCCGGUGCUGGAGCGAUUCGAAGGUUUCUCGGCUUGGAAAUCCUAUGCCCAGGGCAGAUUGGACUACAUGACCGAGGAUGCCCUGGUGAAGACCUUGCAACCCCUCAUGAAAAGCACGACAGCAAAGAAGGUGCUGCGGCAGAUCAUUGAGAUGGCGUUGGGCUGUGGUUCUGAAGCCAUGGAUCUUUCUGCUGCUGGCACCAGUGAGGACAUGAUGAAGUCCAUCGCCGAUGCGAUGAAGACCUGUGAGCAUAUCCUCGGGAAUGUGAAGGACAUACCGUCCUACCUUGGAAGAAAGGUCGAACAUGUGGCAGACAUUUUCCAGGGGGAUGGCGCCGAAGUUUCUGGAGCCUCAGGAGGUGGCAUGCCGCCAUUGUGGAUAUUGUGCUGCCUGCCAAAGGCUUUGGGAAUCAUCCUCAAUGCCAAGAGCUUGAAAGGCUGGUGUCCCUAG